AUGGCAGCAUUUGGCGGACAAACACCGACUAUCAUCGUUCUCAAAGAAGGCACCGACCAGUCCCAAGGCAAGGGUCAGGUAAUAUCCAACAUCAACGCCUGUCUCGCGGUGCAAGCCACAGUGAAAUCCACGCUGGGCCCGUAUGGCGGCGACCUCCUCCUCGUGGACGGCAACGGCCGGCAGACCAUCACCAAUGACGGCGCGACCGUCAUGAAACUGCUCGACAUAGUGCACCCUGCAGCUCGGAUACUGACGGACAUUGCGCGGUCGCAGGACGCAGAGGUCGGCGACGGCACGACAUCCGUGGUCGUCCUGGCCGGUGAGAUCCUCAAGGAAGUCAAAGAGCUCGUCGAGCAGGGCGUGAGCACGCAGACCAUCAUCAAGGGCCUGAGGAGGGCGAGCGUCAUGGCCAUCAACAAGGUCAAAGAGAUCGCCGUCGGCACCACCGAGGGGAACAAGAGGGAGACGCUGCGAAAGUUGGCGGCCACCGCAAUGAGCAGUAAACUCAUCCACCGGAAUGCAGACUUCUUCACAAAGAUGGUUGUCGACGCCGUGUUGUCCCUCGACCAAGAGGACCUGAACGAGAAACUUAUCGGCAUCAAGAAGAUCACCGGUGGUGCGCUAGAAGACUCCCUGUUUGUGGACGGUGUGGCAUUCAAAAAGACAUUUUCCUACGCCGGUUUCGAGCAACAGCCAAAGUCCUUUGCGAACCCCAAGAUCGUUUGUCUGAACGUCGAACUCGAGUUAAAGGCCGAAAAGGACAACGCAGAAGUCCGGGUGGACCAAGUGUCCGAGUACCAAGCGAUCGUCGACGCAGAGUGGCAGAUCAUCUACAACAAGAUGGAGGCGCUGUACAAGACUGGUGCAAAGGUCGUGCUGAGUCGAUUGCCCAUCGGCGAUCUUGCGACUCAAUACUUUGCAGACAGAGACAUCUUCUGCGCUGGACGAGUCGCGGCGGAUGACCUCGAACGCGUUUGUCAGGCUACAGGGGCCACGGUACAGAGUACCUGCAGCGACAUUCUUCCAUCACACUUGGGCACCUGUGGUAAGUUUGAGGAGCGACAGAUCGGCGGUGAACGUUAUAAUCUAUUCAGCGAGUGUCCAGAAGCGAAGACUUGCACGCUUGUUCUGCGGGGCGGAGCCGAGCAGUUCAUCGCCGAGGUGGAGCGAAGUCUUCACGACGCAAUCAUGAUCGUCAAGCGUGCUAUCAAGAACCACACCAUUGUCGCCGGCGGUGGCGCUACAGAAAUGGAAGUUUCGGGCUACCUACACAGAUACGCAGACAAGAACGUCCCCCACAAGCAACAGGCCGUUGUCAAGGCCUUCGCCAAGGCCCUCGAGAUCAUCCCACGACAACUCUGCGACAACGCUGGCUUUGACGCCACCGAUAUUCUCAAUAGAUUACGUGUCGAGCACCGCAAGGGAAAUACCUGGGCCGGUGUCGACUUCGACCACGAAGGCGUGCGGAACAACAUGGACGCCUUCGUCUGGGAGCCGGCCCUGGUCAAGGUCAACGCACUCAGCGCAGCUGUUGAGGCCGCCUGCCUGAUAUUGAGUGUUGACGAAACCAUCAAGAACGAGGAGAGUCAACAACCCCAAGCGCCAGCACGAGGGUUACCUCCCGGAGCCGCGCAAAGAGCCCUAAGGGGCAGAGGAAGGGGCAUGCCGAGACGGUGA